GCAGUCAGCGACCGAACUACCCAGUCGGGAGUUAGACGCCGUUGGAGAAGGUUCGAGGUAGUUGAUCGCCGAGUGUCGAUUGGCAUCUGUCCUACUACGAUCAAGAACGACCGAUCAGAAAAAUACAGCUGAUUCAUCUUUAGAUACACCAUGAGUGGUUGUCGUGUAUUCAUCGGACGGCUCAAUCCAGCCGCCAGAGAGAAGGAUGUUGAAAGAUUUUUCAAGGGAUAUGGACGCAUCAGAGACAUCGACUUGAAAAGAGGCUUUGGAUUUGUCGAGUUUGAAGAUCCAAGAGAUGCUGAUGAUGCAGUCUAUGAAUUGGAUGGAAAAGAGCUCUGCAGUGAAAGGGUUACAAUUGAACAUGCAAGGGCCCGUUCUAGAGGUGGAAGAGGCAGAGGUCGAUACUCUGACCGUUUUAGUAGCCGCCGUCCACGAAAUGAUAGAAGAAAUGCUCCACCUGUAAGGACAGAGAAUCGUCUCAUUGUAGAAAACUUGUCAUCCAGAGUCAGCUGGCAGGAUCUCAAAGACUUCAUGAGACAAGCUGGGGAAGUAACCUUUGCAGAUGCACAUAGGCCCAAGUUAAAUGAAGGGGUGGUUGAAUUUGCCUCUUACAGCGAUUUAAAGAAUGCUAUUGAAAAGCUUUCUGGCAAAGAAAUAAAUGGAAGGAAAAUAAAACUAAUUGAAGGCAGCAAAAGGCACAGUAGGUCCAGAAGCAGGUCCAGGUCUCGUAGUAGGAGUUCCUCAAGGUCUCGUAGCCGUUCUCGCUCCAGGAGCCGCAAGUCUUACACCAGAUCUAGGAGCAGGAGCCGUAGCAAGUCACGUUCAGUUAGUAGGUCUCCUGCCCCUGAAAAGAGCCAAAAACGUGCUUCCUCAAGUAGAUCAAAGUCUCCAGCUUCUGUGGAUCGCCAGAGAUCACGCUCAAGGUCAAGAUCUGUUGACAGUGGCAACUGAACAAAUAGUUUGCCCUGGGGACUUUUAAAUCAUACUUGCUAUUAGUUGUGGUAAGUAUGUGACUCCUGGGAAAGAGGAACUGAACGGGGGUGGGGGGGUUAACAGCUUUGUAUAUGUGGACCACACAAGUUACUGAAUUAAUUGUAUUGUCUUUUUGAUAAUCCUUUUCCUGCUCACUUCAUUAAGUCAGAAGUGCAUAGCUUUAUGUAUAUUGCUAGAGCUCUUUGAAGAAAACUUUUUUUGUAUUUAAAGAGAACCCUACUUUUGAACAUUUUUAGUUAUCGGUGUACUCCAGUAUAUGACACUUAAGGUGUUGAAAACGUUUUAUUGGCAGUAGAGCUCUACACCAGCUGUAAAUAAAGCUUUAUUUCAGAUUU